GAACAACAUAUUUGUAUAUAAAAAUACCGGGUAAAACUUGUUCGAUAUAAUAUUAUGUUUACGUUUUUUAACGUUAAUUUUACAUUCAUAUCUUUUUACAUUUGACAAUAUUUAAAUAUGAACGAUUCCGACACUUACAAGUCGUAUUUGAAACGUACCGUGUACAUAGGGGGUUUAGCUGAAGAAGUGGAUGACAAAGUUUUGAGAUCUGCAUUCAUCCCUUUUGGCGAUAUUGUUGAUGUUCAGAUUCCAUUGGACUACGAGUCUGAGAAACACCGGGGUUUUGCAUUUGUGGAGUUCGAACAGCCGGAAGAUGCACUGGACGCUAUUGACAAUAUGAACGAGUCUGAAAUAUUUGGCCGGACUAUACGUGUUAACUUAGCCAAACCGCAGAAAAUUAACAGAGGUUCAACCAGACCUGUAUGGUCUGAAGACGAUUGGCUAGUUCAGUAUGCCGGUAAAACUUUGGAGCCUAAGGUGGACAAGAAAAUUGAAGACGAUAAAAGUAAAGACGAAGUAAAGAAUCCUCAAGUUUACUUAGAUAUUAAAAUUGGCAAAAAAGAUGCUGGUCGAAUUAUCAUUAUGUUACGAGCUGACAUUGUACCACGUACUGCAGAAAAUUUCCGUUGUUUAUGUACACAUGAAAAAGGAUUUGGCUUUCAGAACACGACAUUUCAUCGUAUAAUUCCUAAUUUUAUGUGUCAAGGUGGCGACAUUACCAACAAUAAUGGUACAGGAGGCCUUUCUAUUUACGGAAAGAAAUUUGAUGAUGAAAAUUUUAAUCUCAAACAUACAGGACCCGGAGUAUUAUCUAUGGCCAAUUCUGGCCCAAAUACAAAUAGCUCUCAAUUUUUUCUUUGUACUGCACGAACAGAAUGGUUAGAUGAUAAACACGUUGUAUUUGGUAACAUAAUAAGUGGUAUUGAUGUAAUGAAGAAAAUAGAAAAAUGUGGUACAAAAGCGGGUCUGCCGACUGAAAAAGUAAUUAUUGGUUCAUGCGGGCAAUUAGCAUAAUAACAAUCUUAGUAUAAAUAAGUCGUGCAACUUUUUUUUUUAAAUUUUUAAUACAAAUACUUUUUUAUGUAAAAUUUUUGUUGAAAAUAAUAUGAGUACAGUAGUAUUCAAUGUUUAUUGUGUUUACUCACAAACCUCUUAUUUUCAACAUCCUAUUUUAGUUAAAAUAGCACGUACACCUAUUUUACAUGUAUGACUGUACUUAAAAUGCAUACAUAGGCAACACUUAAAAAAGCUAAAUUUCAUUUCAGAACAAAGGUUAUAAUUAUUAAUUUUACUUUUAUUGUAAAAAAUUUUAAUUUUAUGUGUAUCGUAAUCAUUGUUUUUCACAAUUUGUUUAAAGUUAAAGUCUUCCUUAAGAAGACUUUUUUUUUAUAAAUUUAGUUAAACAAUUCAAAGUGUCAUUUGUCUAGGAAUAGUGAUAAACGGAGUUGACUUUUUUUUUGUCGAUGUAUCGCUGUGUUUUUCAAAAACUAUUCUUUCUUUAACAUUCAAAUAAUCUUUGAGUUUGGACCUGGAAACAUAUUCAUAUUUAUUUAGAGAAUGUAUCUUAGGUUUCAUCAAGACUAAAACUCAUUACAAGAUAAUAGGUAAAUGUCAAAUUCCAUCAUGUUAUAAAAUUAUUAUGUACUCAAGUAAUUUACCCUAUAUCAUUAACAACACUUGGUUCACAUGUAGAAAUCCAAAUUGACAAUUUACUAUAUUGACGUCUAUUGUAAACAAUGCCACAUAUAUUAUCAUUAUAUGGUUCAUACAUUCCUCCAAUCAUGCUCAUUAACUAUACAAAAGUAAAAUAAAAAUUAGUAUUAUUACAAAUACGACAUUUUAUAAAAUGUAAAGUCUAUAAAAUCCUUAAUAAUAAAUAUAAACUUGCUGACACAAUUUUAUUUAAAAUACCA